AUGCCUUUUCCCCCUUUUCUAAUCAAUAAACCUAAAUUGGGAAAACUGGAUACCGUAAUUUGCUCACCUCCACGACUAUCAUCUCCUCCUCCUUCCGCGAAGCCGAGAAAUCAAUCCCUGAUGGAUUCAUCAGCAGCUUCGGACAAAAAUAAUUCAGCAAACCGUGAUGAGGAGAUUGAAGAUGAAGUAGAUGAUGUCGGGUCUGGGUCUCCUAGCCACGAAGAUAAGCUAAGAGUUAAAGAAACUCUAAUGAGAGAGAAUAUGUCUAUUUCGGGUCUCAAAGUAAUAACAAUACCCGACCCGACCCAUAUACUACCAGAACCGAAAUAUGCUCGGGUUCAAAACGGGUCCUAUAUCCAUCUACUUAAAACCUGA